AAAGCAUGUAUAAAUUAUUACAGAUUAUGAGCAAUCAUUUAGUAGAAUGUUAACAUGCAGCGAGUGUGCAUCUUAUUUAUUGUAGGAUUUGUUGUGUGUGUUAUGUCGGACUCGGAUGAUAAUGCGGAGGAGAAAAUAGUUUCUGCUAAGUCCACAACAAAUAAGAAGAAAACACUUAUGGAAUCAGAUUUAAAGAAAGAAACGAUGGCAAUAAUUAAGAAACUGUCUAGGGCAUUUAGAUACACUAUACACGAGAAAAAAGUUGCCCCUCAAUAUCGCUGGCUGUCUGAAGGGCCGACCGGAAUAUCAUUUGUGUCAAAGAAAAAAGGAAUCGAAUCAAAUUUAAAGGAAAAGAAAGAUACAUAUCUAAAUAAUACAGUUCCAAAUUUGGAGAAUAAAUUCCGCUUAUUUCAUGGGGAUGAAAAAUUUAACCAGUUCAAAAACAAUGCCACAAGACAGAAAUCUAAAAAGGAAGACUUUACAUUAAGCCUAGCCAGUGAAAGUGAUGAUUCGAAUAAUAAGAAAAAGAAAGAUAAAGAAAAAACUUCGAUGAAAGAUUUUAUUCGUCUGAAAAGCAUCGCUUCCUUAGCACCUAAUGCAAAGGAUAUUUCUUUAAUUAUGCGGAAAAAAGAUCCAUUCACUAAAGAAACUGGUUUCUACGUCUUCUUUGAAAAUUUGAGCAUUAACAAGCACAACUUUCGUUUAACGCCUGAUACCAGAAUAAGUGUUUGAUCCUCUCCGAAAAAGUCUGGAUCCUCCUCUCUUUUCCUCUUUUUUUUUUACUGUUUCUGUUAUACACUAUAUAUUAACAAAUUACAUUUUAAGAUAACCUAUGUAAAAUUUAAGCAAAUGAUCACGUGUUAUCGCAGUUAUUUUUUCUUCAUAGUAAUAUCUAA